UUAUUGAAUUAGCACAAAAAAAUACAAUUAUUUAAGUAACUAAUCUUAAGUAUAACAACAAAUAAAAUAAAUUAGGUAUUUGUGUUAGUUUUUCAGUUUUAAAGUGGUUCAAUAAAACUAAAUCAAAAUGAAGAUGUAUUUUCAUUUUACUAACGGGGAUUUAAUCCUUUUUAAAAAUUGGAAGUAUACUACAACUGGUGGUCUUAUUGGUUAUAUGUUUGCUAUUUUUCUAGUCGCAAUGGCCUAUGAAGGUUGUAAAUAUUUAAGAGAGCAUUUGUACCAAAGGCAACCCAGAACAUCAUUAUCGAUGUGGAAUGGUCAGCACUUUAUUCAAACAAUUUUUCAAAUGAUACAAAUGUGGAUCUCCUAUUGUCUUAUGUUAAUAGUUAUGACAUAUAACGUUUGGCUCAUUCUAGCAGUUGUGGUAGGGUCAGGUGUGGGCUAUUUUCUGUUUGGUUGGAAAAGGAUAUCCGCUUUUGAUACUACAGAUUGUUGCCAGUAAUAUUCUUUUAAUUAAAAUAAUAAUUUAGUUUUCAAGCUGAAUAUUUUAAGGUAACAGUAUGCAUACCUACUUUUCUUAAUGCUUAUUUAAGCCAUUACCUCUAAAAUACUCUAUUAUUUUGCUAAUUCAGUUAACUAAUAAACUACUAGAUUUAUUGUUUUUUUGAUGAUUAAUUUUUCUAAAAUUUUGUCUUAUUUUGUAGUACUGUAGGUAUAUAUAUACACAAAAUAAUUUUGUUAUUGUUGUAAGAUAAAUUUUUAAGUCUAAAUAAAUACAUAG